GGACCCAAGAAAUCCAAGACACUUCGGAAUUAUUUCUUAGCCUUCGGGUCCAACCUGAAGCAAACUGGCGAUCUUCGGAACAUAGUUACCGGACUGCAAGACAUUGUCAUCUCCGGCGAGUUCUUCAAGCCCUCUUUGAAGAUAAGCCACCGAGGAGAACCACAAUGCGGGCCGAAACUACAAGACAGAUCAACAGCUAAUCACCGUAUCCGCAACAGGGGGUCUCAACAUCGUUAUGUUCAUCCGAAAACGAGUCCAGUUAUUCGUUUAGCUCUACAACUAUAAAGGGAUCGCAUAGACACUCAAAUUCAGACUGAACUUUUGGACCCUGCAAGCUCUUCAGUCGACAAUAUCAGCUCACCACAAAAUCCAUCUAAUCACAACCUGCCUAGCUUGCUUUCUCUUGCCCUCUCGCCCAAGUCCAGCACAAUGAAGUUCUCCCUCCUCACCGUCCUCGCCAUGGGCACCGCAUUUCACCAGGCCCUUGCCUCGCCCGUUAUGUCCGAUUCGGCACCGGCCAAACGACAAGACCUUGUCACCCCGUUCGUGAUCGAAUGCUCACCGGGGACUGUCCCUGGUGGUGGGGACCCCAACGUCUUCUGCUCACGCAAUGGGAUCUCCUGCACUCUGGAUGGAGAGCUGGAAUGGACACCUACUACGACGGAUCAAGCCCCUGAGCAAGUCUGCUUCGAGAUCUGCUAUUGCCGCGUCAACGUCAUUCUCGACCCGCCUGCCGGUGGUAUUUAGGGGCUGAUUAGAGGAAUAUCGCGCUUUGAAGCUGCUGUGGUGCUGAGGGGGUGGUGGUUUUGAUGAAGGAGAGGUUGAUGUGGGAAUAAUAAGGAUGUUUCUGCUUCGAUGGUGUGUAAUAGUGGCUUGCGUUUGUUGCGGUAUUUGAAGCUUAAUCGGUUGAUUUGGUGGCUUCUCUCAUCAGCUUAGUAGCUUAGGAAUCUAUGUGCGUUUUG